AUGGAGGUCUUCGAGGACGAGAACCCGUUCGAAAGUGAACCCGAGCGGCUCCAGUCCGACGGUUCCUCCUCCCGGGUCGACAUCCCCACCGUCCCAUCUCCCCCCUUCGUGGAGCCAAUAGUGCGCACGCCGUCACCUCCAACUUCGCCCACGGGGCGCGGUACGUUCCCCUCGGCUGGGACGCACAGGCAGCCCCAAGCAUACAAGAGUGACUUCUGCUGCGGACGAGAUCAUUGGCUGCAUUCUGGCGAGGACGUUGAGAUUCUGAUUCCUGAUGCGCUCAAGACCUCAGUCAACUCAACUUCGCCGUACAUCACCUACGUCAUACGUGCCGGCAAUGCGGAAUCGCACCAUAGAUACUCGGAAUUCGAGUCUCUGCGCACCAACCUCGUCAAGCUUUACCCCACGCUCAUCAUCCCUCCCAUACCCUCCAAGCAGACGAUCGGGGAUUAUGCUGUGAAACAAGCCAAGGCGAAGGAGGACGCGGCCAUGAUUUCCAGGAGGAAGCGCAUGCUCCAGACGUUCCUCAACCGCAUCGCUCGCCACCCUAUCCUCUCCAACGAGCAUGUCUUCCACAGGUUCCUUGAUGGUGAAGUUUCAUGGACGGAAGUGCUCAACUCGCCGCCAAUCUCCCUGCUACCGAAGAACAUCCUGAAGGCACCUUCGCACAACCCCACUGACCAGAAUGCCGCUCCCGCGUAUGCUGCACUCUCUAACCCUUCGGCAGCCCAUCCUUUGCGAAGACCCGAUCAGAGGUUCCUGGAGUCGGAGGGAUUCACAAACAAGUUUGCGGUGCACAUGAGCGGGCCAAUGGAGAAGGUGACGAGACGGACGAUGAAGCGCUGGUCCGACCUUGCUCAAGACCAUACGGAGCUCGGUGCUACACUAAACGGCUUUAGCUUGAACGAGACCGGCCAGCUUUCGACCGCGAUCGAGAAGACUGGACAGGCGAUCGACGCGAACCACCUUUCGACAAUGAAGCUGUUACAGGAGUUCGAGCAGAACUGGGCAGAACCACUGCACGAAUACGCGCAGUUUGCGUCUAUUAUCAAGAAGUUGUUGCAGUACCGGCACCAGAAACACGUUCAGAACGAAAUGACUCAGGAAGCACUGGAGGCUCGGCGAGAGCAGCUCGAAGAACUGGACAAGAAUGAACGGGAGGCGCGACGGUUGGAGGAGGCUCUCAACUCGGGACGGUCGAGCACAUCACGGACGACGCCUCCAGCUGAGGGAAACGCCCCACAAGAGGGAAAUGAGGUCAACGAGAACGAGGCUAGGCGGCAAGACGAGUCGGCGUCGGCGUACCUACCUCCUCACCCUGGACCAAACCCAGUGCGGCGGAGAGCACCAGGGAUGGGAUUCUUGAGUGCACUGAGCUACACGCUACACGGGAUGAUGGACGUGGACCCGGAGACGGCUCGCCGGAAUUCAAUCACGAAGACGAGGGAGACGAUUUCGCAGCUUGAGGACGCGCUGCACCUGUCUGCACAGGACCUCAAAUAUGCGAGCUCGACGAUCCAAGCGGACCUGGAUCGGUUCCAGCGGCAGAAGGUGGCGGAUCUGCGAGAGAUGGCUAUUAGUAUGGCUCGGAGCCACCGGGACUGGUGCCAGAAGAACCUGGAAGCAUGGGAGGAGGCCAAGGCAGAGAUCUCCGAGAUCCCUGACCACCCGAACCGGGCGCCGGACGGGGACGGGGUGCCUGCCCCGAACGGUGGUCUGCACUUGCGACGGGACUCGAUGGCGACGUUGAAUGGGAGGCGAGCUGGAGAGUAG